AUGGCUUGUCUUGCCAUGCAAGUUGCUGGUACUGCAAUUUGGGCAUUAGUUGAUCCAAUGAUGACAAAAUUGGAAAUGUCACGUACUGUCAAGUUUUUCAUUUGGUCCAUUGGUCCAUUUAGUGGUCUUAUUGUUCAACCUAUUGUUGGAUACUACUCAGAUCGUUGCGAAUCUCGUUUUGGCCGUAGAAGACCUUAUAUUUUUGUUGGUGGUGUUGGUACAUUCCUCGGACUAACAGGAUUAUUAAUACUAUACCUAUUUUCAUCGAAAUUAUCCAAUAUAUUGAUUACUUUCUUCUUAUUUGUCACUAUAGUUUUCACAUAUGUCUCCAUCAACGCUUUUCAAGGCCCUGGACGAUCAAUCAUCGCCGACCUACUUCCAGAAUCGCUGUUAAACAAGGGAUUUGCCAUGGGCGCGAUGUAUCAAGGCUUAGGCGCCGUAAUAACUAACUUAAUUGGAGGAAUUGGGUAUUUCAUCAACUCCCCCAAGUACCAGAAAAGCACUUUUGCCCUUACACUUUCCAUUGUUUCCUUCACUGUCUUCGUUUCUUUAACAAUUACGAUUAUUCAUUCAAAAGAAACGCAGUACUUCGACCAAAACGAGAAAGUUAACAUAUUUAAGAAGCUCUGGGACUCAAUGGUGCACAUGUCUAAGCCAAUGGCACGAGCAUCUUUCUCAAUGACGAUGAGUUGGGUCGGAAUCACAGCAUUCUUCGUCAAACUCACUACUUUCUUCUCAGUUGAAGUGUUUACAAGCGACCACGAUAAAGGUUUGUGCUUCGGAUUGUUCGUAACUGCUGUUGUCAACUUCAUUUCGUUUAUUUACGGUUAUGUGCACGAUAAAGUUGUUGAUUGUUUCGGAAUGAAGCCUGUCUAUCUCGUUGCGCAUAUUAUUUUCACGGUUUGUCUCGUUGCAGUCAGUUUUACGAAAAAUCAUUGGUUAUUACUUGGAAUUUUCAUGCCGCUCGGCUUCGCGAUCACGUGUAUGAACUCUAUACCGUUCGCAAUUGUCUCUGCCGAUAGUUCUCCUGCAGAUUUGGGAAUUAAUCUGGGAGUUCUCAAUAUUUUCAUCGUUUUGGGCCAACAGAUCACAAAUUUGUGCAUCAUAGCAAUCGGAGCAAUCUACCAGAAGUUUUCUGGUCUCCAGAAACUCGUUGGAGAAAAUCAAUUGUAUAUUAGCUUCGGAUCUGUUGGAGCAUUGAUCGCAGCGUUGUCUUCUUUCAUUCUGAUUGUUCCAAAGAAGAAAGAAGAUGGAAUUCACCUCGCAAACACAAAUUAA